AUGUAUUCAGAUCCACAGCUAGAAAAGCGCUCCAUGCGGGAACGGCAGGAUAAAAGAUCGAAAAACAAAGAGCAUGAAGGUUUCCUGAACACACAUCAUGUCGCGCAGUCAUCAAGUAGAGCAACGGUAGAUCACAACAUUCAGUAUAGCGAGGGUCGCAAGCCAUGUCUUGCAUGCAACAAUGCAGACCAUCGGAUCCGUUAUUGUGGAGAAUUUCAACGCCUGCCAUUGGAAGAUAGGCUGAAAAUCGUGAAAAAAUGGAAGCUGUGUUUAUUAUGCCUAAAUGAUCAUGGACAAGCUCGCUGUCGGUUCAAAGGGCAUUGCAAUGUAGGAAAUUGCAAGGAACGACAUCAUCCGCUUCUUCAUUCGUAUCCAGUCAUUUUUCGCGUAGUACCAAUUAGGAUUUACAACGGAAAGUAUUCUGUCAAUGUUACUGCCUUUUUGGACGAAGGCUCGUCGUAUUCCUUGAUGGAUAGUAGUGUUGCAAACGAAAUAAAGCUGAACGGAGUAUGGAAGCCAAUUGUCGUCAAAUGGACGGCAGGUAUGAGUCGAGUUGAAAGGGAUUCCAGGUGCGUCAACGUGUCAAUUUCCGCGAUGGAUUCUGACGAGAAAUUCGUGUUACAAAAUGUUCAUACUGUACAACACUUGCAACUACCAGAGCAAAAUAUUCAGUUUGCUGAAGUAUCCAAGAGAUUCAAUCAUCUUCGUGGACUUCUGGUUUCCAAGUACUUAGGAGGACAACCUAAGGUUCUUAUCGGUCUUAAACAUUUACACGUGUACGCUCCGCUUGAAUCACGUGUCGGGAAACCUGGAGAACCAAUCGCUGUUCGAACGAAACUCGGCUGGACUAUAUACGGUCCACAAGGAAGUAACGAUACCCCAGUUGGAUUUGCUGCACAUCAUACCGAUUGCGAUCCGGAAAAUCGGGAUCUGAGUGAACUUCUUCGAAAAUAUUUCACGUUGGAGGAAUCAGGUCUAGCAGUGACGGAACUACCAGAAUCCACCGAUGACAGCAGAGCCAGAAAGUUGUUGGAGCAAACAACCAUUCGUGUCGGUGAACGUUUUGAGACUGGGUUGUUGUGGAGGAACGAUACGCCGCUUCUGCCAGAUAACUUCGCGAUGGCAUUGAAACGGAUGAAGAGCUUGGAAAGACAAUUGUCUAAAUCUCCGGAGUUGCAGCAAAAUGUAGUUAGACAGAUUCAAGAAUACCAGACGAAGGGAUACGCUCACAUCGCCACACGAAAAGAACUAAAUGAUGUUGAGCCUGGUAAGGUAUGGUAUCUCCCGCUUAAUGUUGUCCUAAACCCCAAAAAACCGGGAAAGGUUCGACUAGUGUGGGACGCCGCAGCAUCAAUUGGUGGCAAAUCGCUCAAUUCCGAGCUACUGAAGGGUCCCGACCUUCUUUCCAGUCUACCAUCGGUUUUGUGUCCGUUUCGUGAGCGCCCAAUCGCCUUUGGGGGCGACAUAGCGGAAAUGUAUCAUCAGCUGCUGAUACGAUCGAGUGACAAGUCAGCUCAAAGAUUUUUGUUUCGGCCGAAUUCAACCGGUCCUCCCGUGAUAUACAUUAUGGAUGUUGCCACGUUUGGUGCAACCAGCUCGCCUUGUUCGGCCCAAUAUAUUAAAAAUCGAAACGCACAGGAAUUUUCCAAGCAGUUCCCAGACGCUGUCGAAGCGAUCGUUCGUCGAUACUACGUCGAUGACUACCUGGAUUCAACAUUCACCAUUGACGAAGCUAUUAAACGAGCGAACGAGGUUGCGUUCAUUCAUUCUAAGGCUGGUUUCACAAUUCGAAACUGGGUAUCAAAUAGUGCGGCUUUCCUACAGCAUUUCGGUAGACAGACCCUCGAUCGGACAAUCCAAUUUGAUUUCGAUAAAUCUAACUACACAGAAAGAAUCUUGGGAAUGUCAUGGAAUACGGCCAGAGACAUAUUUGUUCUCGGCGUCGUUUUAAUUGAUGAUUUGCAACCCUUCUUGGUAGAAGAAAGGCUACCGACUAAAAGGAUCCUCUUACGUAUCGUAAUGAGCCUUUUUGAUCCCCUUGGCUUAUGGUCGUUGUUUACGGUGUUCGGAAAAAUAAUAAUUCAGGAUCUAUGGAGAAAUGGUCUCUCGUGGGACGAAACCAUCGACAGUAAUUCUGCGAAGAAAUGGUCUAAGUGGAUUUCGCUGCUACCAAAAGUACAGUCCAUGGAGAUUCCUCGUUGUUACUUUUUAGAUUCGAAGCCGUCAGACUAUCAGAAUCUUGAGUUGCACGUGUUCGCUGACGCCAGUGAGGAGGCCUAUGGAUGCGUUGGUUACUUUCGCAUUUGGGUGAAUGGAACACCGAGAUUCGCCCUUGUGUCUGCUAAAUCGAAGGUAGCUCCUCUUCAGUACAUGUCCAUUCCUCGGUUGGAACUUCUGGCGGCUGUACUUGCGGCAAGAUUGUCAGUAGCUAUAAAGAAUAAUCAUUCAGUACAGGUGAAACGGCUUGUUUUUCAUAUAGACUCUGCUACGGUAUUAUCCUGGAUUAGUUCCGACCACAGAAAGUAUAAACAAUUUGUGGCUUAUCGUAUCGGAGAAAUUUUAAGUCUUACGAGUCCAACCGAUUGGUGCUGGGUAGCGUCAAAGGAUAACAUAGCUGAUGUUAUAACGAAGUGGGGGAAAACAGGUCCACCCCUUCAAACCGAUGGUGUUUGGGUUCGAGGUCCAGCUAUUUUGUACCAAGCGACUGAAGAGAGUUUCCGGAAAAAGCUACCUGAAGCGGGUGUAAAAGAAGAACUACGGGCAUAUUACCUGUUCCACGAUGUAUCCUUAGCCGAAUGUAUUGUGGAUACUACUCGUUUUUCACGCUGGAGAGUUCUUGUAAGAUCAAUUGCUUGUGUAUUUCGUUUUAUCUCCAACUGUCGCAAAAGGAUUAAGAAGCACCCAAUUGAAACGCUCAGAGCCACGCGUAAUCAAACGGGACUGCUAAAGGGUUCAACAUUAUCGAUUAAAGUUCCUCUCAAAUGGGAUGAAUACCGAAGAGCGGAAGAGUAUCUGUGGAAAUCUGCGCAACAAGAAGGAUUUCCCGAUGAAACGAAAAUACUGCAAAAAAACUUGGAGUUACCGCGAGCCAAGUGGUAUGCAAUCGAUCGAUCCAGUCCUCUAUACAAACUGUCUCCUUUUCUGGAUGAGUCCGGAAUAAUUCGGAUGGAAGGGCGGACGGCCCAUGCGGAUUUUAUCCCCUUUGAGCAGCGAUGUCCAGCAGUGCUUCCAAAAUGUCAUGAUGUUACAACCAAAAUUCUUCGUUAUAACCAUGAAAAAUUCGGCCACGCUAACCGUGAAACUGUGGUCAACGAGAUUAGGCAACGCUUCUACAUCCCAUUCAUUCGAGCUGCGGUAAUUCAGGUAAUGAAAGGGUGUGCUUGGUGCAAAAUCAACAAAUGCCGACCUACUAUCCCUAGAAUGGCUCCCCUUCCUGUCCAACGCUUGACACCUCAGCAUCGUCCGUUCAGUUUCGUAGGGAUCGACUAUUUCGGCCCAGUAACCGUUACAGUAGGAAGGCGCUCUGAGAAGAGAUGGAUCUGCUUAAUCACGUGCUUAGCAACCAGGGCGAUUCACAUGGAAGUCGCACACAGCCUUAGUAGCCAGUCGUGUGUGAUGGCCAUUAGAAGAUUUAUCUGUAGAAGAGGGUCUCCGUGUGAAUUCUUCUCUGACAAUGGUACCAACUUUCAUGCAGCAAGUAAGGAGUUGGUUGAGGAGUUUCGAACUAUCGAAUUUGAUUGUGCUGAUGUUUUUACAAGUUCUACGACCAAAUGGCAUUUUAAUCCGCCAGCUGCGCCACACAUGGGCGGAAUAUGGGAGCGAUUGGUGAGAUCGGCAAAGGAGGCACUCAAAGCUCUGCACGACGGUGGAAAGUUAACAGACGAAAUCUUACUUACUGUGUUAGCCGAGGCGGAGGAUAUGGUGAACUCUCGACCACUGACAUAUGUGCCACAAGAAUCAGCAGAAGUUGAAGCUCUCACUCCGAACCACUUCAUUCGUGGUUUUCCAGCUGGAGAACGUGUCGAAGUCAACUUACCGACUGGAUCAGCAGAGGCGUUACGCGAUAACUACAAGCGAUCUCAAAAACUAGCCGAUAUGUUGUGGCAGAGGUGGCUCAAGGAGUACAUACCAUCGAUCAAUCACCGAUCUAAAUGGUAUGAAGAACAAGACCCUGUCGAAGAAGGUGAAUUGGUAUAUUUGGUCGACGGAAAUAAUCGGAGAACCUGGAUUCGAGGUAUUGUGGAGAAAGUUAUACGAAGUAUCGAUGGCAGAGUACGACGAGCUUUGGUGCGAACAUCGAAGGGUGUGUAUCGGCGGGCAGUUGCGAAGCUUGCGGUUAUGGAGUUGAUGAGUAAAUCUGAUCGAAUCUCCGAUUCCGGACCAGAGUUACGAGAGGGGGAAUUGUUAUCACCGCCGCUUAACAACACCAGUGGGCAUACGAUCGGGCCUGUCGGAAAGAGCGCUAGAAAAGAGACGUCAGAUGACAGCCAGAUACCCUGUAUCCGUGAUAUCACCGAAAACUAUUGCUUGUAUCGAUGCGAUCGGAGCCCUUGUACCAGUACUCUUCAACGAGGCGGCGGUGUGUUGGUUGGUGUGAAGAAAGAGUUGAACAGUAUCUCGGUCACUGCAAACAAUAGCCAGCAGCUAGAACAAGUGACCGUUCGAAUAAAAUUGAAGUCCGCUUCCCUUUGGAUCUGCACUAUUUAUCUACCGCCUAACUCGAACGUGGCUUUGUAUGAGGCCCAUUCGUCUUGCAUUCAAGACAUCUUCGAACAUGCAGCUGAAAGUGAUUUUAUUGUAGUGAUGGGAGACUAUAAUUUACCACAUUUGGAUUGGCAGUUCGAGGAGGAUACGAAUUCACUACUACCAGCAAAUGCAUCAUCAGAACAGGAAAUCGUUCUAGUGGAAAAUCUGUUGGCUAACGGACUUUACCAGAUCAAUAAUCUAAAGAACUUCAACAAACGGUUAUUAGAUCUCGCUCUCACGAAUGAUCCACUGUUCUUCGAUUUUCUUGAACCUCCCAUGCCGCUCAUGAAAGUUGACCGCCACCACAUUCCUUUUGUGCUUCAUCUGCAUUCCAUAGUAGCUCGUGCAUCAGACUUGAAUGAAACGACUUUUGAUUUCAAUCGGGCCGAUUACUCAAAGUUGAAUGAGUUGAUAUCUGAGAUAGAAUAG